AUGUGGUGGGAAUUUUGUGAGAAAAAAACCCUUGAUAUAGUUUUAUUAACAGAAACAAAAACAACGAAAGACUCUGAGAAAAAUAUAUUUAUCGAUCAAGUUCUACUAGCAAAAAAGAAAUCACAAGACCCAGUAUAUAAAACAUGGUGGUCGUCUGUAUUAGAAGCAAAUAAUAAUAAUAUGGGUUCAGGAUUAGGCCUAAUGAUUAAAACGCAGCUCGCUCAACACGUAUACAAAGUAAACACAUUCCCAGGUCAUGGAAUUAGUAUUUUACUAUCUUUCAAAAGGAAGAUAGUGUUUCAGAUAGUUGGUAUUUAUAUACCUAAUCAAUACUCGAACAAUAAUAACAUAAUCGCUCCUCUAAGAACAUGGUUACACAAUCAAAUUUCCCAAGCAUUAUCAAAUAAUUGGAUCUCAAUAUUAUUAGGAGAUUGGAAUGCAGUAUCCAAUCCUAAAAUAGACCGCUUCCCAGAAAGAAAACAAACCUCACCAGAAGGAACAAAUAAAUUAUAUAAAUUGGAAAGAAAGCUAAAAGAUAACAAAAACCCAAAUAACUCGAAUCAAUCCCUUAGCUCGAUUUCUAAGAUAAUUUCAAAACUCACUAUUACCCAUAAUGUGAAUAUAGAUCCAUAUCCUUCAAAUGAUAAUGAACUAGAUCAAGAAAGAUGGAUAGAAAAUAUAAAACAAUGGUGGACCAUUACCAGAAAGAUUGUCAAACGAGAUCUUAUAAGGGAAAAACAACGUGAAAUCAAACAGAAAAUCGAAGUGAGACAAACUAUGCUGAAUACAAAACCAAAAUCUAUGAUAGAUCGAGUUUUAAAUCGAGAAUCAAGACAAAUUGUCCUGAACCGGAUAAUACAAAACCAAAAUGAUAAUACUGUCACAAUAAUCACUGACCCUGAACAAAUUAAAAGUUGCGUACAAGAACAUCUAUAUCAGUGGACAGAAGGCACUGAAAUUGCCAACACUACGCUAAACCAAAGAUGGACGCAACAGUAUAAACCCAAAACUGAAAUCAAAGAUAAUACCUAUAACUCACUAAUAGCAACAAUUUACGAGGAUGAAGUUAUCAAAAUCAUCAAACUUAUGAGUAAUAAUAAAGCUCCAGGGCCAUCAUUAAUACCUUACGAAGUAUUUAAACACUUAGAAGAAAAUGGCAUCAAGUUACUUUGCCUACUUUAUAACAAAAUAACAGAAGUUGGAGUGGUCCCAAAGGAUUGGAUAAACAGCAAUGGUUAUAAUAUGGAACUCAAAUGGAGAAUGGACAUGACCCUACAAGAACAA